AUGAAGUGUUCUCUGGUAUUAUGGUUGGUUUCUCUGUUGGCUUCUUUUGCCUACGCUGAGGAUACCGUAAUUACUCCUGAUACACCUGAAGAUCAAGAAGUUUCACAAAUUCCACCACCUCUUACUGUUAGAAACUUUGAGGAUACGAUGUCUAAGAACCUACAUUUAGUUGAGUUUUUUAGUCCAACUUGCCCUCAGUGUCUUCUUUUGGCACCCAAAUGGGAGGAUACUUGGAAGAGCUUCCAUGCAGAAGGUAUGAAGUUAGGUAUUUCGAUGGAGAGGGUAAAUUGCCUUGAAAGUGGUGAUCUCUGUAACCAAGAGAAUAUUAAAGCUUAUCCCAGUAUCAAGUUGUAUGGACCUGGAGGAUUCAUUCAAGAUUAUCCUAGGUCGUCAUUAAGAAAUCAGGAAAAUUUUAUUAAAUUUAUGAAAGACGAAGCAAUAAGAAAGGAAAACUUGCUUUCCGUUUCAGAGACUAGUAGAAGCCUUAUGCUUAAUUCUGAACAGCUAUCCUCAUAUAUUGAAGGAAGAGGUGAAAAGCCAGUAUUGAUUUCCUUUUGGCCAUCGGAAAAUUUGAAAAACAUGAGUAAAAGAUUAUCGUUUGCUAAUUGUGCAAAAUGUACCAAUUACCAGGCAAAUUGGAAAACUCUGUCUAAUUUAAGGGCGGUAAAAGAUAUCGAUAUUGCUCAUUAUAAUUGCAUGAAAGAUUCAACUCCAUGCAAAAAAUUGAAAUUGGAUCAUUUAGUAGACUCAAGAAGACACAGUGGCGGUGUAUUUCCGGCAGUAGCUCUUAUGUUACCUGGCCAUGGAGAAGAUAACAUUAUAAUGUAUAAGGGAUCUUCUUUUGAUCCGUCAGAUUUGGCAGAAUUCGCAUCUAGGACGUAUUCUAACUCUCAAUUUCCAUCCAUUACUGAGCUUGAGCUGAACGAAAUGAUACGUAAACCAAUUGAAGUUGGAAAACCAAAUGACAUAUUUGAUAGCGGGAAAACCUUCCUUGUUUUGUACCAAGACUAUAAGUCAUCUGGUGGAGAAAAUUUGAAAGUUCUAAGUUCCUUGUGUAAAUUACUAAGUGGUUUACCAGGAGUUUAUUUAUACAAAAGUGCUGCAAAUUUGCCAAGGUUGGUUCAGCAAAACUACUAUGAAAUGAUUAAGCAAAUUAAUUACAAUAGCUCAGAACCAGAAAAACUUGCAAAUAAACAAUAUUUGGACUUGAUGACAUUAUCUAAGCAUCAAAGUUUCUUUAUGUUCAAACAGGGUAGUCUGGUUCCUAAUGUAUUCUAUGGAAAUUACGAAGAUGUUAAAACAUUGAACAAUUGGAUAGAGCAAAAUUCUUUGCCCAUGGUCAAUGAGUUAAAACUAGAUAACUUCAAACAACUAAUAGAGUUUCAUGGAGAUGUUUAUGAUGAAUUGGCCAUUCAACUUGUUGACACCGGGAAUUCUGCUUCAAAGGCGGCUAGCAAAAGCUAUCUGAUCAGUUUCCUUGUUUCGUAUCAUGACUUCGAGAAAAUUAGGCAAGAUAACAAUUAUAAGAGCUUUGAAGAGCAAAGUGGUGUACCACAAUCGAGCAAGGAUGAAGAAUACUUUGAUGAAGAUAGCAUUCAGCAACUGAUUUUAAGAGAUAGGCACAAAGUGCUGCUUGCUUAUGUCGAUAUUCAUGAUAACCGGAUACUUCUGAAUAAACUUGGUCUAAAUAUAAACAAGCGUUAUUAUAAAAACGGUGAUGUUCUCAUCGUUAAUAAACUGAAUAAAAAGUUUUAUUAUGACACGGAUCCCUUUGGGCAGCCUUUGACGACUGAUUCCCCUACCUACAUGAAGGCGACCCUAAAAGCGUUGAUUUUCCCUGAAUCAAAGCCGAAACAAGUCGUUCGCCAACUAUUGAUAAACUCUCCCUUUGGUCAUCACUUAAGAUUCCUGGACAAAGUUCAUCAAUUUGGACUCCUUGGUUGGUUGUGCACUUUAUGUGUAGUCUUCACUGCCCUUAAAUCCCCUAGCUUGUACAGAAAACAUAAGACUCGUAGAAGAUAUUUCGCUAAAAGAGAUUCAGCUGGUUUGCUGGGAAAGCGUAGAAGACUUAAAGAUUAA